UUGAGUGCAUAUGCCGAUGUGGCUCUAUUACGAGCAACUGUAAUGCGCUACCCGUUUGUACCAUGAAGUUUUUGGUCUUGUCCUUUAGUAUUGUUCUUGCUGUGGCACAGUGCGAAGAUGACGCCCGGACAGCUGACCAGGCUUAUGUUCGGUUCAGGGACCUAACCAACGUGACGAGCUCACACAGGCCUGAAGCCGUGACUAGUGAAUCGAUAGGGACUACAACAGGUGGUCCAGCACCUCGUUGCAACGGACACAAGUUCCUCAAAGAAGACGGAUGUAAUGAUAUUUGCUACCGCAAAUAUGAGUCUGGCAACCGUACUGUCGAACAUGUUUACUCCGAGUUUGUUGAGAACAGGCCUUGCCAGAUUCGCAGCGGAUGGUGGAGUUUCUUCUCGUCCCGUCCUGGAGUCUGUACGGUUACCGUCAUCAAGGUCGGGACGCGCGAAGCCCAAGUGAAGGGCUGCACGGCAAGGUUGUCAUAACCAACUCGUAAACGAUGAAUAAAUCGAAAUUGCAUCAUUCUCAUA